AUGGAUGGCUGCUCAGCUGGUACCUACUAUCUGGACUCUGCCCUCUCUGGAGGAGAGAUCAAGGGAGCUUGUGACAUUGCUGACAAGAUCAAACUCACUGUUGAGUGUAAUUCUGACAAGUCUGCCACUAUUUCUUGGUUUGGUCAGGGAGAUUCCAUCAUGGCCAUCAAGGUGAAGGGCGGAAAUGGUGGAACACUGUAUGAUGCUGGUGGCAACAACGGAGGCAGAUUCAUUGCAGGUUAUAACAAUGGUGGCAACGUUGCGGGCAUUAGUCACAUUGAAAUCUGUCUCAACUGUCAAGGCUCAAGUUGUUAUGAAGACGUCACUGAAGCUCCCACUGAAGGUCCCACUAGUUUCCCCACAAACACGCCAAGCUCAGCACCAACUGAAUACCCCACAAAUAUGCCCAGCUCUGAACCUACAGCCUAUGAAGUGUCCCGCAAGCGUGUUUUGGAGGAUGAACAUGCCCUUGAAGACAAAUAUGGUGAAGUGUGCGGCAAGCAGAUGUUCUUUGAGGACUUUGACGAUGAGUGGGGUGGUGCCUGGGGUGACAUUCCCAGUGAUGCAUCCAAGAGCAAAUUCCUACACCUUGUCAAUGACGGUGAGAACCACAAGGUUGAAAAGACCUUCAGUGUCCCCAGAGACGCCCUCCUGGUGACUCUGGAGUUCAUGUUCUAUGAAAUUGGUAGAAAUGAGAAAUCGGAGGGAGCCUGUAUCAAUGUCACAAUUGGCAACACAGCUGUCAACUUGGAUACUUUUGGAGCUGAUGAUGAGCUUGAAAUUGUCUCAAGUGACUUAGUUGAUGGUAUCAGCUGGUCUCUCACCAGCAUCAGUGACAACGGUGACCUAGGCCUUGCUGCCAGUAAAGGAGCAGACCAGAUGCACAAGGUGAAGCUAGCUAUUCCUUCGAAGCACUUCCAGGAAGGCAUUGUUGACUUUGGUCUUGAAGUUCAAAUGAAUGCUGAUGACAGUGAUGAGAGCAUUGGCCUUGAUGACUUCCGAGUUGUGGCUUUUGCUCAAUCCUGCGAUACCUUGCAAACUCAGGCAACCUUGCCAAUGGAACAAGAUGCCCUGCCAGGAAUUUGUUCUGGACGAGUGGCAACUGCGUGGGGUGAUCCUCACAUGACUACAUUUGAUGGUGUCAGGUACAAUUGCCAGGGCGAGGGUGAGUUCACAAUCAUGAAGACACUUGGUACCAAUGCCAAUGCACAACCCAAGUUUGAGGUGCAAGGUCGCUUCAUGAGCUUUGACAAGCGCCGCAUCACAGUGACACGCGGACUGGCUAUUCGUGAUGAAGGCACUCCCACGAUUCAGCUCAAUGUUCCAAGUCGAUACGACAGACAAUGCCCCAUUGAGAUGUUUGUGGGCAAGCACAAGCGCAACCUGUUGGAGGGCACUGGAACUGAGGAUGUGGUUGUCAAGAACAUUGGCAAGAAGGUUGUUGUCUACUACCCAAAGACUGGUCUUCAAUUUGUUGUAAAACUGACUACAUCCACUAAGUAUGGAUGCUACUUUUCAGUGAAGGCUUGCUUGCCAGAUGAGUUCUACCGUGAGGAGACUAUUGUUGGUUUGCUUGGAAGUCCUGAUGAAGACCCUACAAAUGAAUUUAUGAAGUCUGAUGGAACUGCAUAUGAAGUUGCAAACCCCAAUAAGAACGAAGGCAACUACGAAUACUGUACCAAGGAAUGGUGUGUCCGUGAUGAAAGGAAGUCCUUGUUCGUGUAUGGAGCAGGUGAAAGCUUCAGCAAGUUCAACAGGUGUGAUCUUCCCUAUGAGGGCUCUGUUGAACGAUGCGUAGCAAAUCCCCCAACAUGGUUGCUUGACAUCUGCAGUGAGUGUGACAAGAGGUGCUUCUACGAAGGUUGUGCAGGUGGUGCUGAAGAAGCAAAGAUUGCUCUUGAUGUUGAGUUUGAUCUGAAUAAUGAAAAGGGUUGCGGACAGGUAGUUAUUGAUGAAGAUUUCGAGGAAAAUGAUGUGAGCGAGUGGGGCAUGAUUGACACUGCCCCCAGGUCCGGAUCAUUGUUCCUUGGCAGGUUCCGCAAGGACAGUCCAUCAGUUAGCAAGGAAUUUGACAUUCCAGGAUGGGCAAACUAUGCCACAGUCGAGUUCUUGCUCUACGAAAUUGACGACUGGGCAGCUCACAACCGCAGAAACAACAGAUUCUAUGUCAAGAUCGGAGACAGCAAGUUCCAUUUGGACACAUUCGAAGACGUGGAAAGUCAGUUCCAACCAGGUUCCAUCAAAUCUGGCUUUAAGAGUGGCAUCCAUUGGCAGAGACAUGUCAUUAGUGUUGACACCAGCAUUGGUUACAGCAUUCAGAACAAGGAUCAGAUCCACAAGGUCGUCAUCAAGGUGCCAAAUUGCUACUUUCAGCAAGGAAAGCUGCCAAUCGAGUUCUCGGUUACCAUGUCCGCUGGUGAAAGCCGCAUCAGUGCUGGCGUGGAUGAUCUGAGAAUCACUGCCAACCCAAGGAAGUGCAGUGACAUGGAUGGUCUUGACAAGUUGAAGCAGAAGCUGCAGCUUGAGGCAUUUAUGAAGAGAGCGGAAGCCGAAGAGAAGAGAGCCGAGGCAGAAAAGAAGCGAGCUGAGGCAGAGCAGAGGAAGAUACUUGAUCAGCAGAGAACGGUUAGAGGUAAAGCUUCUGUGGAAGAAGAGCGCGAAGAAGAUGUCAUUGCUUCCAGUGAUGGCUCUUCACCAGUCGAGUGUCGUGUUGCCUUUGGCUAUUACAGUCCCAAGCUAUCUAGAAGCUUCAAGGAAUUGGGUUUCACUGAUGGCCCAGCUACCUGGGGUUGGUCCAAUGGUCCUUUUGCAUCUUCGAACUAUGCUUACUCAUUUGACCUUUAUCCCGAAGGUUCUGAUGUUUCGAUUGGAACCAUGACAGUUGGAUAUGACGGCUCAGAGGCAGUUGUCACCGUUGAUGCACGUGAACGCCUGUGGCUCAAGGAAGUUCAAGCUCACAUUGGAGGCGCCCGUCUUCCCUUGAAGGAGGAUGGAGCUGAAACUAUUGAUCCUGAGGACUAUCCAGUUUCCAAUCGCCGAAUGGCUUUGAGUCGAUCAUUUGUGGUGACAGACUUUGAAGAUGGUCCUAUCUAUGUGGUUGCUGAGGCAACUGUUUGUGGUGUUUUCUCUAACGGUGCUGCUGCCGAGAGUAACGAUGCUGGACUUGGUGGUUUGGUUUCGUCUGUCCGCAACUUCUUCGGCAACUUGAUGUAA